GCCAGCUGCCCGGCUUCAUCUGAUCCCACCGUCUCCUGCUCCAAACCACCCUUCUCUGAUCUUUUCCUACAUGCACCCCUUCCUGCCACUAUACAUACCACCAUAUGCCCACCUCAGAUCAUCCACAACCACAAGAAGAGAGGCAAAAACAAGCGAGUAGCAACACUUCUUCUCUUGCUUGUAAGGCAGUGCAGCGAAGAUCACUCACAUGGCGGCUUCCACGGGUUGCCUCGCCCUGCUAUGCCUUGUUUCUGCCCUCCUCCUCACCGGCGCCGUCAGCGGCCACCCAUGGGGCGGCCUGUUCCCGCAGUUCUACGACCAUUCGUGCCCCAAGGCGAAGGAGAUCGUAAGGUCCAUCGUGGCGCAGGCCGUGGCCAGGGAGACCAGGAUGGCGGCGUCCUUGGUCAGGCUGCAUUUCCAUGACUGCUUUGUCAAGGGGUGCGAUGCGUCCGUGCUGCUGGACAACAGCAGCAGCAUAGUCAGCGAGAAAGGGUCCAACCCCAACAAGAACUCCAUCAGGGGGUUUGAGGUGGUCGACCAGAUCAAGGCCGCCCUCGAGGCCGCCUGCCCCGGCACCGUCUCCUGCGCCGACAUCCUCGCCCUCGCCGCCCGCGACUCCACCGUGCUCGUUGGUGGCCCAUACUGGGACGUGCCGCUCGGCCGGAGGGACUCGCUGGGUGCAAGCAUCCAGGGCUCCAACAACGACAUCCCGGCCCCCAACAACACCCUCCCAACCAUCAUCACCAAGUUCAAGCUCCAGGGCCUCGACGUCGUCGACGUCGUUGCCCUCUCCGGUGGUCACACCAUAGGUAUGUCCCGGUGCACCAGCUUCCGGCAGAGGCUGUACAACCAGACGGGCAAUGGCAUGGCUGACAGCACGCUGGACGUGUCCUACGCGGCGCAGCUCAGGCAGGGGUGCCCCCGCUCUGGCGGCGACAACAACCUCUUCCCCUUGGACUUCGUCAGCCCAGCCAAGUUCGACAAUUUUUACUUCAAGAACCUCCUGGUCGGCAAGGGUCUCCUCAGCUCCGACGAGGUCCUGCUAACCAAGAGCGCUGAGACAGCGGCACUCGUGAAGGCAUAUGCGGCUGAUGUCAAUCUCUUCUUCCAGCACUUUGCGCAGUCGAUGGUGAAGAUGGGCAACAUCUCGCCACUGACCGGGUCACAGGGGGAGAUCAGGAAGAAUUGCCGGAGGCUCAACAAUAACCACUGAGGAAGGCACUGGGGCCGCUUUAUGUGCUGAAAUGUACUUCAUGCUUUCGUUUCUUUUGAGAUGAAUUGUACUUGAUGUUGGUGGCAUAUAAACAUAUAUAUUUUGCUUAAAUAAGCAAAGCACGGCUUAACGGCUGUGGACUUUUGACGGAUUC